AUGCAACGGAAGAUGGCACCCCGGCGAUUUGCGCCGCUAGACCCAGCGAAGAAGAAAGAGGGCGAUGACCGACCUGUGCUGAAGGGUAUUGUUUUUGAUGUGGAUGGCACUUUAUGUAAGUCCAAGUUCUGUGCUCGUUAUACCUAUGGUAUCACAACACGCCGUACACAUCUCUCUAUCGCAAUUAUGCGGUCCACACCCACGUCGUUCCAGGAUUCCCACGCCGUCACGUGUCCUGCUCAAUCCCUGGGCGAGGCACGCCAUCACCACUCAAGUAUUACUCCACUGACACAACCAGGCCUACCUCAAAACUACAUGUUCGGCGAGAUGCGUUCCGCCCUCGGCAUCACCAAAGCAACCGAUAUCCUCGACCAUGUCUACUCCCUCCCACCCUCGGAGCAAGAAGAAGCCCAAGAGAAAAUCCGCGCCAUCGAGCGCAAAGCCAUGGCCUCUCAACGCCCGCAAGCCGGCCUCGUCCAACUCAUGGACUACCUCGACUCCCGCAAUAUCAGAAAAGGCAUCUGCACGCGCAAUUUCGAUGCGCCUGUUGAACACUUGUUGACGACGUUUUUACCCAAGAGUUUGUUCCAUCCUAUCGUGACGAGGGAGUUUCGCCCACCGAAACCUGAUCCAGCGGGGAUUUUGCAUAUUGCGAAGGAGUGGAUGUAUGAGGAUGGCGGGGAUGGGUUGAUCAUGGUGGGGGAUUCAAUCGAUGAUAUGACGGCGGGACGGAGAGCGGGAGCUGCAACGGUGCUACUGGAGAGUGAGGCGAACGGGCAUUUGAAGGAGCAUGAGUGUACUGAUUUAGUAGUAAGGCAGCUGGAUGAGCUGAUUGGGAUUUUGGAGAAGGGUUUUGAGGGGAGGGAUAUUGGGGAGACGGAGAAGGAGGCGGAGAAGUUGUGA